CUAAGACUUCUCCUCUGCUGUCCAAGCGCUUUGGUGCAGGGACAGCGGCAUCUUCAGCCAAUCCAGUGCAGGCUCUCCACCGAAGGCUGGCCCUAGACUGGUGGUACGCGCACAUAGCAUAGCCAUGGCCGACUGCUGCUUGUGGUUCUCUGACGAUUGUGCUUCUUGUUAACCUUCUGUCGUGCUUUGGUAAUUGUAUUGAUUAGAGUUGAUAACUGUCUUGACUUGAAUUUUGUCCCUUUAAAACUGCUGUACCUAUAUGAUAAAGAUGCAAUACCUUUCUCUUAAAAAAUGGCAUGGAAAGCUGUCAGAAUUGAAGUGACAAAUUGGCUGGGGGGAACCCAAGUGUCCGUGGGGGUUACGUCAUGAUUUCUAGAAGUCUCAAGUUGCUCUUUCAACAGUUUUGCAUGACACAUUCCAGUAAAGGUGUGCAUCUUUAAAUUAUUCCAUGGAUACUUUAAAAAAUAUUGUAACAUUUCAAAUAUAGCAAUAAGUUUAUAUGUUCUGAAGAUUGCAUUUGUUUUUAAGACUUAAAAGUUAAUGGAUUAAUAUUAUAACUACUUGAAUACUGAAAAUUGUUUAUUAGAAACCAAAAGGUUACUGAUUGUUGAUCUGUGUUUGAGCUGCUCACUGCUCCUUUGCUUCAGGGGGUGUGGCUUCACGGCUGUCACACAGAUUCUCUCUUGAUACCUGGAGCUGCUUCCAGAGCCACGUGCCUCUAGGCACCUGUAGAACUUAACCAUUUAGAAACCUCUGAGUGAGUUUGUAUGUUACCUUCUCCAAGGUUUCUGUAGGACAGAGAUCGGGGGAGGGCAGUCCUUCAGAACCCUGCAUGACUCAUCUCAUUGUGGGUGCAGCCCAACUCCAAGGCUCGCUGUUACUGGGGUACGUGAGGAGCAGUGAAUAUAAGACCAGAUCACCUGUCCUCACGGGAUCAACCCUUUUUGUUAUUGCAGUAUUCUUAAAGCUAGUAUAUGGUCUGGUUUUAGACUAUUAAAUCUUAGAUGUAUCUAAAGGAAAACGCUAAAAAUGUCAGUUUUUAAAUGCUUUAAAAAGAUGUGAAGUUUUGUAUUUUUAUAGCUUCUAAAUAUGAUGAAAUUUAAAGAAUGUACUGUGAUGAAAUGUUCAGUAUUGUGUUGCUUCUGAUUCUAUGAAUGUUCAUUUUAAGACUCCUUGUUGAAAUGGGACAGUUGGCAGCGGCUCUGGUGAGCCCAAGAAGAGGCCUGCCCUUGGGUGCUGAGCCUCCCUCUGCACGACGCUUCCAUGCGUCCAGCUUACACCCAGGGGGCUUUUCCCUCUUCCAAGUGGACUCCUUCAAGCAAGUCCCAGCUUGGUCACCAGAGGAGGGUCCUGCCGCCAGCGGCCUCGAAGAGGAGGGAGAGGACGGCAAUAGGACGGCCUGUGUCCCAGCAGCCGCCGGCUCUGUGCCCAGCCAGUUCAUUUGAGAAUUACAUGAACGACAGCCUUCGCACAGACGUAUUCGUGCGGUUCCAGCCUGAGAGCAUCGCCUGUGCCUGCAUUUAUCUUGCUGCCCGGACACUGGAGAUCCCUUUGCCCAAUCGUCCUCAUUGGUUUCUUUUGUUUGGAGCAACUGAAGAAGAAGUUAAGGAAAUCUGCUUAAAGAUCUUGCAGCUUUAUGCUCGGAAAAAGGUUGAUAUCACACACCUGGAAGGUGAGGUGGAGAAGAGGAAGCAAGCCAUCGAGGAGGCGAAGGCACAAGCCCGGGGCCUGCUGCCAGGGGGUACUCAGGUUCCCGAUGGCACCGCGGGCUUCUCACCGGCCCCCAAGCUGACGGAAUCCCCCACAGAAGGUAAGGGAAGCAAGCCUUCCCCACUCUCUGUGAAGAACAGCAAGAAGAGGGCGGAGGGCACCAGGAAGGCCAAGGCAGGCAGUCCCGUGAACGGCUUGCCAAAGGGGCGAGAGAGUCGAAGUCGGAGCCAGAGCUGUGAGCAGAGCUACUCCAGGUCCCCAUCGAGAUCGGCUUCACCUAAGAGGAGGAAAAGUGACAGCGGCUCCACGUCUGGCGGGUCCAAGUCGCAGAGCCGCUCCCGGAGCCGGAGUGACUCUCCACCGAGACAGGCCCCUCGCAGCGCCCCCUACAAAAGCUCUGAGAUUCGGGGCUCCCGAAAGUCCAAGGACUGCAAGUAUCCCCCCCAGAAGCCACACAAGUCUCGGAGCCGGAGCUCAUCCUGUUCUCGAAGCAGGUCACGGGAGCGGGUGGGUAAUCCGGGGAAAUACAAGAAGAAAAGUCAUUACUACAGAGACCAGCGACGGGAGCGCUCCAGGUCAUACGAACGCACCGGCCGUUGCUACGAGCGGGACCACCCUGGGCACAGCAGGCAUCGAAGGUGAGGCGGAGUUGCAGUGACUGGCGGGCGCAGGCCCUUCCCGGGGAGGUACCUGAUGGCUGCCCUCUCUUAUCGCAAGUGGCCCUGUGGUAGGGUUCUUUUUGGAAAUGUAUUUUGACUGGACCUUGGUGGAUUUGGAAAUGGAAUUGGGGGGCCGGUGACAUGGGCUUCAUUCAGGCCUGUCUUGGGGGCGGUGCACACCUGGGCUGUGCAGAGCCCCGCGGCAGCGGCAGCUCUGAGGGCAGCUGGAUGAAAAUGGGAACGCACACACCCUUGUGGCGUGGCCUGGUGCUAUUGGCAGCCCCCUCUCCACUCCCCGACCGACACUCAAUUACGGGAAGCCAAGAAAGAUGAUUUUUAGAACCUUUGCCUAUAUUAGGUUGUACCUAUGUACAUAUUUUGCAGUGUUUCACAAGAGAAAAUGGCCUUAACUGCCCCUUAUUCUCUCUCCAUGUUGUAAAUAAACAUGUGUUUAAUACAAGUUAAAGCUAUAUAUGAAAACUCAGAACUUUAAUCCUGUCAGCUUAAAACUUGUAUAGGGAAUCCUGAGUUUAAAAUGUGACGGUAUCUGGAUCUGUGUUGAAAGUCCUACAUUUUUAUCUGUGCAGUGCUGAGUGCAGGCCACCAGCUCUUCCCCAUGAGUGCAUUUGACAUGGUGAAUAAACACCUCUCUCUCCA